CAGCCUGGAGGAUGGCAGCUUUCGAAAGAGAGAAAACAGCCAACUUUCUUUGUGGUGGUUUUGACUGAUAUUGACUCAGAGAGGCACUACUGUUCCUGCUUAACGUUCUAUGAAGCAGAGAUUAACUUGCAGGGAACAAAAGAAAUUGAAGGUGAAGAGGAGUCUGGUUUAAUUCCGCCUGCAGAAGUGUUUGCUCCUAAGAGUCUGGUGUUGGUGUCCAGACUAGAUUAUCCAGAAAUUUUCAGGGCUUGCCUUGGCCUGAUCUAUACUGUGUAUGUGGACAGCCUGAACGUGUCAUUGGAGACUCUCAUUGCAAAUCUGUGUUCAUGCCUUGUCCCUGCUUCUGGAGGGUCGCAGAAAUUGUUUUCUUUGGGAGCUGGAGACCGACAACUGAUACAGACUCCUCUACAUGAUAGCCUUCCUGUUACAGGCACCAGUGUGGCUCUUCUCUUUCAGCAACUGGGCAUCCAAAAUGUACUCAGCUUAUUCUGUGCUGUGCUUACAGAAAAUAAGGUUCUCUUUCACUCUGCAAGUUUUCAGAGGCUUAGUGAUGCCUGUAGGGCUCUGGAGUCUUUGAUGUUUCCCCUCAAAUAUAGUUAUCCCUAUAUUCCAAUUCUUCCUGCACAGCUAUUGGAAGUUCUCAGCUCACCAACACCUUUCAUAAUUGGCGUACAUUCUGUCUUUCGCAAUGACAUUCAUGAGCUUUUAGAUGUAAUCAUAGCAGACCUGGAUGGAGGUACAAUUAAAAUUCCUGAAUGUAUUCAUCUUUCUCAGCUACCAGAGCCACUGCUACAUCAGACUCAAAUGGCGCUUUCUCUAGUUUUGCAUCCUGAUUUGGAAACAGCAGAUUAUGCAUUCCCUCCCCCACGAACGGCUUUAUCACACUCAAAAAUGCUGGAUAAAGAAGUGCGAGCAAUCUUCCUUCGGCUAUUUGCACAGCUUUUUCAAGGAUAUCGGUCGUGUCUUCAGCUAAUCAGAAUUCAUGCUGAACCAGUAAUUCAUUUCCAUAAGACAGCCUUCUUGGGGCAGCGAGGCUUAAUUGAGAAUGACUUUCUAACCAAAGUUCUCAAUGGAAUGGCAUUUGCUGGUUUUGUGUCAGAAAGGGGUCCUCCUUUCAGAGCCUGUGAUCUUUUUGAUGAGUUGGUAGCCUUUGAAGUAGAAAGAAUUAAAGCUGAGGAAGGUAAUCCACCAAAAAUGAUAAAGCAUGUUAGAGAACUUGCAGAACAACUCUUCAAAAAUGAGAACCCAAAUCCCCACAUAGCAUUCCAGAAAGUGCCACGGCCCACGGAGGGCUCCCACUUGCGGGUUCACAUCCUCCCUUUCCCUCGAAUCAAUGAGUGCCGGGUGCAGGAGCUCCUCCAGGAAGGCCUCUCAAGGAGCCAGGGUGCCCCCCCUGCCACCCGGGGGGACAAGAAGUGCGUUGUUCCAGCCGGUCCCCCUGUUGUUUCCAUAAUGGAAAAAGGAAGCACAAUUUUCAACAGUGCACAAAGGCUGGAAGUUGUUAGAAACUGCAUCUUGUUCAUUUUUGAAAACAAAUUUUUGGAGACUGAAAAGACCCUGCCCGCAGCUCUGAGAGCCCUAAAAGGAAAGGCAGCUCGGCACUGCCUGACACAGGAAUUAGGCCAGCACGUUAAACAAAAUCGAGCGAUACUGGACCAUCAGCAGUUUGACUACAUUGUGCGAAUGAUGAACUGUGCUUUGCAGGAUUGUUCAUCUUCAGAAGAAUAUAGCAUUGCUGCAGCGUUGCUACCCCUGACAACUGCUUUUUAUAGGAAAUUAGCAGCUGGAGUUAGUCAGUUUGCUUACACCUGUGUACAAGACCAUCCUAUCUGGACCAACCAACAGUUUUGGGAAACAACCUUUUAUAGCAAUGUGCAAAAUCAAGUUCGCUCGCUCUACCUUACAGCCAAAGACGACAACCAUGCAGUACAGUUGAGACAAAAGGAGAAAAAUUCUGUAGGUCCAGACCAAGAUAAGACAGCAAUGGACCUGGCUGCUGAGCAGUUGCGAUUAUGGCCAACUCUUAGUAAACAAACUCAGCAGGAGCUAGUCCAGAAUGAGGAAAGUACAGUUUUCAGUCAGGCAAUUCAUUUUGCUAACCUCAUGGUUUACCUGCUAGUACCACUGGAUACAAGUAAGAACAAGUUAUUGAGAACAUCAGCUGCUGGUGACUGGGAGAGCGGAAGCAACAGUAUUGUCACAAACAGCAUUGCAGGCAGUGUUGCAGAGAGUUAUGACACUGAAAGUGGGUUUGAGGACUCAGAGAACAAUGAUGUUGCAAAUGCAGUUGUACGCUUCAUCACCAGAUUUAUUGACAAGGUUUGCACAGAGAGUGGAGUUACACAGGACCAUAUCAAGGGUCUUCAUUGCAUGAUACCAGGCAUUGUAGCAAUGCACAUAGAGACCUUGGAGGCUGUCCAUCGUGAGAGUAGGCGGCUUCCACCAAUACAGAAGCCCAAAAUUCUUCGACCAGCUUUACUGCCAGGAGAAGAAUUUGUUUGUGAAGGUCUCCGUGUGCUACUAGAUCCUGAUGGCAGAGAGGAAGCUACAGGAGGACUGCUUGGAGGUCCUCACAUCCUCCCUGCUGAAGGAGCAUUGUUCCUUACCACUUACAGAAUUGUAUUUAAAGGCACUCCUCAUGAUCAACUGGUUGGAGAGCAGACAGUGAUCCGGAGCUUUCCUAUUGCAUCUGUCACAAAGGAAAAGAAGAUCACUAUACAGAACCAGCUACAGCAGAGUAUGCAGGAAGGAUUGCAGAUCACUUCAGCUACCUUUCAGUUAAUUAAAGUAGCAUUUGAUGAAGAAGUCAGUCCUGAAGUGGUGGAAAUAUUUAAGAAGCAGUUAAUGAAGUUCCGUUAUCCUCAAUCUAUCUUCAGCACUUUUGCAUUUGCAGCUGGGCAAACAGCACCACAGAUAAUUUUACCAAAACAAAAAGAAAAGAACACUUCAUUCCGCACCUUCUCAAAAAGCAUUGUGAAAGGAGCAAAACGUGCUGGGAAGAUGACAAUUGGACGCCAAUAUUUAUUAAAGAAGAAGACAGGCACAAUAGUGGAAGAAAGAGGGAAUCGUCCAGGCUGGAAUGAAGAUGAUGAUAUCUCUGUUUCAGAUGACAGCGAGCUGCACACAAGUGGUACCCUUAAAGCAUCAGAAAAAUCAACAAUGGAGCAAUUAGUAGAAAGAGCCUGUUUCAGAGACUAUCAACGUUUGGGACUAGGGACCAUCAGUAGUAACUCUUCUCGCUCAAAAACAGAAUACUUAAGAAUAACUGCACUGAACAGGAUGUAUUCACUUUGCAGGAGUUAUCCUGGGCUUCUGGUAGUACCUCAGUCUGUUCAAGACAGCAGUCUGCAGCGAGUCGCUCGCUGUUACCGUCACAAUCGCCUGCCAGUUGUCUGUUGGAAGAACACUAAAAACAGUACGCUUCUACUGAGAUCUGGGGGCUUUCAUGGAAAAGGUGUUGUUGGCCUCUUCAAAUCUCAAAACACACAUACUACAGCUCCUGCUUCUUUAGAAUCUUCAAGCAGUAUAGAACAGGAAAAAUACCUACAAGCCUUACUGAAUGUGAUAUCCGUCCACUGCAAAAUGAAUGGCAGUAAUACUCUCACUGUUAGACCAACAAUUGCUCUGUCUCCAGGCACUGAAAGGAGGGCUUCAAGAAUGUCUACUGUGUUUAAGCAGGUAGUGCCAGGACAUUUGGAUGUAAAUCUAUCCAAUAGCUUUGCUCGAGGAGGUGUAUGGGCGAGUCUUCGUUCAAGCAAUCGAUUUAUCAACACUCAGACUCCAUUCAUUGAUGUUGGUGCAAGACUUGCAGGGAAAGAUAACACCACUUCCUAUAGUAGCAGCACUUUUCUGCAAAGUCAGCUUUUGAGACGGCAAGCAGCCCUCUAUAUAUUUGGAGAAAAAUCUCAGUUACGGGGAUUCAAACUUGAUUUUGCUUUGAAUUGUGAGUUUGUUCCUGUUGAAUUCAGUGACAUCCGACAGACAAAGGCAAGCUUUAAAAAGCUAAUGAGAGCUUGUGUUCCCAGCACUAUUCCUACAGAUUCUGAGUCAACAUUCCUUAAAGCACUUGGGGAGUCAGAGUGGUUCCCACAGCUUCACAGGAUAAUGCAAUUGGGUGUGAUCAUCUCUGAGCUCCUGGAAAAUGGUUCUUCUGUUAUGGUUUGUUUGGAAGAUGGCUGGGAUAUUACUGCGCAAGUAGUUUCUCUGGUGCAGUUACUCAGCGAUCCCUUCUAUAGGACGCUUGAAGGCUUCCGAAUGCUGGUGGAAAAAGAAUGGCUCUCUUUUGGUCAUAAAUUCAGUCAACGUAGUAAUCUGACUCUCAAUUGUCAGGGUAGUGGAUUUGCUCCUGUUUUCUUACAGUUCUUAGACUGUGUGCACCAGGAUGACAGUGUCUCAUGGAAGAUGACUGUUAAAGCACCAGCCUUCUUACUGGGAACAGACACUCGUAGUGAAUGCUUGCAUGAAGUAGACCCUGAAAGAGAAGUCAGCAAGUAG